AAUUCUUUGAAAAAAAAAAGAUGAAAAAAGGAUGAUGCAGUGGAAAAGCUGGACCAUAGAGUGAAACUGGGCAAAACCCUUGUGGUUGUAACUUGUAACUGGUAUGGAUAUUGGAUACACACAAAACACAACACAAAACAAGAAUAUUAAGUGUACAGUAGUAGGGAUAGGGAAGAUAAAACCAAGCACGAAUACAAAAGCAUUUUCAGUGGUUUCCAUUUCUCUCAUAUUGCAUUCAUCUUUUUAUCCCUUUUGGUACCCUAAACACACACCCUCUUUAAAGAAACUUUGUCUGCCUCUCAUCUUAACCAAUACUAGAGAGAGAGAGAGAGAGAGAGGGAGAGAGAGAGAGAGAUAUGGGAAGAGGUAGAGUUGAGCUGAAGAGGAUUGAGAAUAAAAUUAACAGGCAAGUGACUUUUGCCAAGAGAAGAAAUGGGCUGCUCAAGAAAGCUUAUGAGCUCUCAGUUCUCUGCGAUGCUGAGGUUGCCCUCAUUAUUUUCUCCAGUCGUGGCAAACUUUAUGAAUUCUGUAGCAGUUUGAGCAUGCUGAAAACGCUUGAAAAGUACCAAAGGUGCAGCUAUGGCUCCCUGGAAGCCAACAAACCAGUCAAUGAGACUCAGAACAGCUAUCAGGAAUAUCUGACGCUGAAAGCCAGAGUGGAGGUCCUCCAACAAUCUCAAAGAAACCUUCUUGGGGAAGAUUUGGCCCCACUGAACACAAAGGAGCUUGAGCAGCUUGAGCAUCAACUGGAGGCAUCCUUGAACCAAAUUAGGUCAACAAAGACUCAGUUUAUGCUUGAUCAGCUUUGUGAUCUCCAGAACAAGGAACAAAUGCUAGUUGAAGCUAACAAAGCCUUGAGGAGGAAGAUGGAAGAAACUAGUGGGCAAGCUCCACCUCUAUUGGCAUGGGAAGCUGCUGGCCAUGGCCACAACAAUGUUCAGCAUACUCGCCUUCCUCAUCAUCCUCACUCACAAGGCUUCUUCCAUCCAUUGGGAAACAACUCCACUUCCCAAAUUGGAUACACCCCUUUGGGUUCAGAUCAUCAUGAUCCAAUGAAUGUUGGAAAUCAUGGCCAACAUGUGAAUGGAUUCAUUCCUGGGUGGAUGCUUUAACUUUGAUUUCGCAUGAUCAAGAUGCCAAGAUGUGGCGAAUAAAAUACAUGUAGCGGACCAUCAUCUCAUGUUGGAUGGAGCUUUUCUUUUUUGGUUGAUUGUAAUCUUCUUUCUAUGCCAUGCAACAUGUAAUUAGUCUUUGAACCAAUAAGAAUAAAUAUAUAUUUUUAUUUAUGUUUGUAAGUUGUAU